CCUCUUUCUCCUUCCUUCCCUCCCUUUCUCUCUCUCUCUCUCUCUCUCUCUCCCCCUCCCUCCAUCCUCAGUGAGUGCCUGAUCUGGUUCUCACUGAACACUUUACUACAGCUUGCAAUGUGACACUCAAAUAUAGACCCUCGCUUUCACUCUCACACACACGCACGCACAUACCUACACACCCACACACACGCACCAACACGGGGAUCCAUGCGGCGUGGAGUUCGGAAGGAUAUAUGUUGACAAAGGAAGAAGCAAGGAAGAAAACGGGGCGGCUAGAAAGGAACUAAAUCUGGUCCAGCAAGGAACUAUUUUUAUUAUUGUUGUUAUUUUUUUACGGCAUCCUCUCCUGCAUCGUCAUGUUUGGGGCUCCCAUGGCAUUGGAUUUUGUGGUGCUGUUCUGCCUGGCGUCUGCCAUCGCGGCUGUGGAAGAAACCCUAAUGGAUACUCGGACGGCCACAGCUGAACUUGGCUGGACAGCAAACCCAGCUUCCGGGUGGGAAGAAGUCAGUGGCUAUGACGAGAACCUCAACACAAUCCGUACUUACCAAGUGUGCAACGUCUUUGAACCCAACCAGAAUAACUGGCUUCUCACCACAUUCAUAAACCGAAGGGGUGCACAUCGCAUUUACACGGAGAUGCGCUUUACUGUACGGGAUUGUAGCAGCCUUCCCAAUGUCCCUGGUUCCUGUAAGGAGACCUUCAACUUGUACUACUAUGAGACAGACUCUGUCAUCGCUACCAAGAAGUCUGCCUUCUGGACUGAGGCCCCCUACCUCAAAGUGGACACUAUUGCUGCAGAUGAAAGCUUCUCUCAGGUGGACUUUGGUGGUAGGUUGAUGAAGGUGAACACAGAGGUGAGGAGUUUUGGUCCUCUCAAUCGCAAUGGCUUCUACCUUGCCUUCCAGGAUUAUGGGGCAUGCAUGUCACUGCUGUCAGUGAGAGUCUUCUUUAAGAAAUGCCCCAGUGUGGUACAGAAUUUUGCCAUCUUUCCAGAGACUAUGACAGGAGCGGAAAGCACAUCGCUUGUGAUUGCACGGGGCACAUGUAUUCCCAAUGCUGAGGAAGUCGAUGUGCCCAUUAAACUGUACUGUAAUGGUGAUGGGGAGUGGAUGGUUCCAAUUGGCCGAUGCACAUGCAAAGCUGGAUAUGAGCCCGAAAACAGUGUGGCCUGCAAAGCUUGCCCUGCAGGGAUGUUCAAAGCCAACCAGGGUGCAGGAAUCUGCACACAGUGCCCUCCUAACAGUCGCUCCACUUCAGAAGCUGCUCCAAUCUGCACUUGUCGCAAUGGUUACUACCGUGCCGAUUUUGAUCCAUCAGAAGUGGCUUGUACAAGUGUUCCUUCAGGGCCUCGCAAUGUGAUCUCUAUAGUCAACGAGACAUCAAUUAUACUAGAAUGGCAUCCACCUCGAGAGACAGGAGGCCGUGAGGAUGUAACUUACAACAUUGUCUGCAAGAAGUGUCGAUCAGAUCGCCGUAGCUGCUCCCGCUGUGAUGACAAUGUGGAAUUUGUACCAAGGCAGUUGGGCCUCACAGAAACCCGUGUUUUCAUCAGCAACUUAUGGGCCCACACACCAUAUACUUUUGAGAUCCAGGCAGUGAAUGGAGUUUCUAACAAAAGUCCAUUCCCACCACAGCAUGUCUCUGUGAACAUCACCACCAAUCAAGCUGCUCCCUCCACAGUUCCCAUCAUGCAUCAGGUAAGUGCCACCAUGAGGAGCAUCACAUUGUCGUGGCCUCAGCCAGAACAGCCCAAUGGCAUCAUCUUGGAUUAUGAGAUUCGUUACUAUGAGAAGGUGAGCCGGAUCUGCAUCCCCGAGAUUAGCAGCACUAUGGGCGCAAGACCAGCCACCGACCAUAGUGAGUACAAUUCCUCCAUGGCCAAGAGCCAGACCAACACCGCAAGGAUUGAUGGGCUGAGACCAGGAAUGGUAUACGUGGUACAGGUGCGAGCCCGGACUGUAGCUGGCUAUGGAAAAUACAGUGGGAAAAUGUGCUUCCAAACCCUGACGGAUGAUGACUACAAGUCAGAAUUGAGAGAACAACUGCCAUUGAUUGCUGGGUCUGCAGCGGCAGGGGUCGUCUUUAUUGUCUCUUUGGUGGCUAUUUCAAUUGUUUGCAGCAGGAAGCGAGCAUACAGCAAAGAGGCAGUAUACAGUGAUAAACUACAGCAUUACAGCACUGGUAGAGGUUCCCCAGGAAUGAAGAUCUACAUUGACCCCUUUACGUAUGAGGACCCCAAUGAAGCAGUUCGUGAGUUUGCCAAGGAAAUUGAUGUGUCUUUCGUGAAGAUUGAAGAAGUCAUUGGAGCAGGGGAAUUUGGCGAAGUGUAUAAAGGGCGCUUGAAACUGCCUGGCAAGAGAGAAAUCUAUGUGGCUAUUAAGACAUUAAAAGCUGGAUAUUCUGAGAAGCAGAGGCGGGAUUUCCUCAGUGAGGCUAGCAUCAUGGGUCAAUUUGACCAUCCAAACAUUAUCCGACUAGAGGGGGUGGUCACCAAAAGCCGGCCAGUGAUGAUUAUCACGGAAUUUAUGGAAAACGGAGCCCUGGAUUCUUUUUUGAGGCAAAAUGAUGGGCAGUUUACAGUCAUCCAGUUGGUGGGCAUGCUACGAGGGAUUGCAGCUGGUAUGAAGUACCUUGCAGAAAUGAAUUAUGUCCACCGGGAUCUUGCUGCCAGGAAUAUACUUGUCAACAGCAAUCUAGUCUGCAAAGUGUCUGAUUUUGGCCUCUCACGUUACCUGCAAGAUGAUACGUCAGACCCAACUUACACCAGCUCUUUGGGUGGGAAGAUUCCAGUGAGAUGGACAGCCCCAGAGGCCAUCGCAUAUCGAAAAUUCACCUCUGCCAGCGAUGUAUGGAGUUAUGGCAUUGUCAUGUGGGAAGUGAUGUCAUUUGGGGAAAGGCCCUAUUGGGACAUGUCCAAUCAAGAUGUAAUUAAUGCUAUUGAGCAAGACUACCGGCUCCCUCCCCCCAUGGACUGUCCUGCUGCCCUCCAUCAACUUAUGUUAGAUUGCUGGCAGAAGGACCGCAACACCCGCCCACGCUUUGCUGAAAUAGUUAACACCCUAGACAAAAUGAUCCGAAAUCCAGCAAGCCUCAAAACUGUGGCUACCAUCACCACUGUGCCUUCUCAGCCACUGUUGGAUCGCUCCAUCCCUGAUUUCACUGCCUUUACCUCAGUAGAAGAUUGGCUCAGUGCCAUCAAAAUGAACCAAUACAGAGAUAGUUUUCUGACUGCAGGGUUCACAUCUCUUCAAUUAGUUGCACAAAUGACAUCAGAAGAUCUUCUAAGAAUAGGAGUAACUUUAGCUGGACAUCAGAAGAAGAUCUUGAACAGUGUCCAGUCUAUGAGAGUGCAGAUGAGCCAGUCACCAACUUCAAUGGCAUGACGCUUUGUGUCUUCUUACUAUAGUGUGAAAAUAGAAGACAGGACUCAAGAGGGUUGGAUGUGGGAGGGGAGGGUACGCUGACAAGACAGCGAGAUGUUUGCAAAAGUUGGAUUGCCUGAGAACUUUUUUUGAGCCACAGGCAAAAAGGACACAGGACGUGUUUCUAAGUGGCAACUUCCGUUUCUCACCAACACAUUUACUGAUGCCAUGGGAAACAGCAUAUAAAUAAGUAUAAAUAUGUACAAAUCAUAUAUUUAAAAAUCAGUGAAGACAAACCAAUGUGUGUUGGGAGAAAAAGAGACUUAAAUCCCACCACCAGUGAGCAGUAGUCAAGGGGCCAGUGGGGAAGAGAAAGGUAUAACCCAGGGCAACCAUCUUCAGCAGUUAUAUUCCUUUCCUUCUCUUAAUUCUGUUCUAAGAGUCCUUCUUACCCACCCAAUUCCCUCUUUUGCUCAUAAACCAUGGGGAAUUUUCUUCAACUGUCUCAACAGCUACCUACUAGAAUGUCAAGACAUUGUUCCAUCAGCUACCAAAGGACUUCACUGACCACUGCAUGGGGGGAUCCAGACCAAUCCAGUUAAUGUCUUCAUAUUGAAGAAGAGUUGUACCUUCAAUAGAAAACCUUGUUUUUUUCUUUUGCUUGCAUUUUUUUGCAAAAAGGGAAAAAAUCCUCAUAUAAAAGAAAAAAAAGGUGUUCCCACAAGUGCGUGCGUGUGCGUCUGUAUGUUGUCAACUUAACUGUGGAGUCACUCACUGCUUGUCUGUAGCAGAAAAACAACAAAGUGAGACUGGCGGAUGAGAAAUCUAUCACCUUCAGGGAAAUUGGGGAUUUGGUGGGAGACAGAUGCGAUGUCCUUUGCUUUCAGUCUAAAUCAACUGUGCAUGGAAUGUGUAACGGGAAACAAAACAGGAAAGCAAAUGAAUUCAUAGGAGGAAGGAAGUGGAAGAGUGGACUAUGCAACAAGGGUUUCGUGUGGAACUUUUAACAGGAUACAUAACCGUAGAGGCGAUGGGACAGAAGAAGGCUUCAUCCUCUAGUAUUCCAGGGUCCAGAAGAGGAGCUUCAUGGAUCUUUUAGUUCCAUUGUAUGGGCCUAAGGAUGUUGAUAUCUAUUGAUGUUGAUUUUAUGGCAUCAGAGGAAAGCCCUGAGACAGAACAUUAAGUAGGAUAAACCAGGUUCUGAAAGAGCUAUGAAAUACAUGAAGUACACAGGAUUACCAUUUCUACCUUAUGACGACUUUGGUAUAUUUCUUGUCUUACUUGAAUCAUCAGAGGCAAUUUGUUCUGGAUGCCUGCGACUUUUGAGUACUAUAACACUUAUAGAUUUGAAUUAAUCUGCAAAGAACUAAUGAAGGAAUAGUUUUAACUUAUGGAAGUUAUUUGAACUAGGUGAUCUCUUUCCAUUGUAAGUGUUGAAUGUAUGGCACAGAAAGGUGUUUGUGAAAAACAGUAGCAUAAAAGAGAAAUGAGGUGCCAGAUAAUCUCUAGGAAUUUGCUACAAAAAAGUGGGGUCAUACAAUCUUAUUUACAUCUGUGGCAUUUGAUUGUUUUAGGAAAGCUGCCUGCAGCCCAAGUCAGAACUAAAUGCUAACAAGAUGCAGAAAAAUGAUGUUUUAUCUUACCCUAGACCAACUGAGAAAAAGUCCCUUGUUUAACAACACAAGGGAGUGUUCUUUGCCUUGUCUGAUAGCCAGCCAUGAAUCCCAUUUGGAGUACUGAGCACAAAAAUCUGUAUUCAAGUAUAUUGUCAAACCAAAUACAGCAUGCAAUGAAAAGGUGUUUUCUGAAUAUUAAUCUUCUGUACCAGUCUAUUGAUAUUCAUACAAGGGGGGUUGAAGGAGCUUUUGUGCUUGUUUCACAAGAUUUUGCUUUUAUUAGGAUAUAUCAAAAGGUAUUAAAAGCAUGAUGACAAUGACUCGGGCUAUAAAUAGGCAAUUCUUUGGGGAAAUAUGGUUGCUAAUUUAACAGAGUAGGUAAUAAUAUUGGGUCAUGGCUCUGAAGACCUAGCUGGCAUCAUCUCAAAGGUUUAUUAGACUUGCCGAGACACAGCCUAUUGUAAGUUGAUUGUAAUGAUCGUAUACAAAAUUCAGCUCCUGGUGAUCUUUGGCAAGCAUAAUUUCUCAACCACUUCCCAAUAUGGGCAGACAUCAAACCUCUGACUUGUCAAAAGCCUACCUGGCCUGAUUCCAACAUGAGAAGAAGUGUGAGAGAAGCACUGGUUUCACUGCUUUCCUCUGUCUGCAUCCUGUUUAUUUUUUCAAACUUUUGUUUUAGCAGAUUCCUACUCAUUGAAAUCAAUGGGAGGAUACUUAUCUGUACCAGCUCCAAGGCAGACAUAUAUCAGGAACUGCUGUGAGUUUAGCUCAGCAGACUAGGUGAAAUACUGGUAUAUAUUUUUCAGAGUCAAAAUUUCUUCUGCAGCAUCUACUACCCAUACUCCCCAUGUGAUACUUUUCAUCCCUCUCUGAUACAGAAAGAGAAGCACCAGCCACAGAUAUUUCCACAAUGGGUCAGAAAGGGCUUUCAAACUUUGAAAGUCAUCCAAAGCUAGACAUUUACAUCUAAUAUAUGGGGUGGUUGAUGUGAUGCUCUCCCAGGGCCAUAAGACUGUGUCUCAGAAAGACAUAAUUCAUAGCGAUGUAAUUCACAAAGUGAACUUCUAAAAAGUUAUACCCAAAUAUUGUAUUACUGUACUUAGAAUUUUUUUCUAUUCUGUUUCUCUUAGCAUUUCAGAUAUUUUUGCAUUAUUGAUUUAUACAGUGAAAGAUUUUUUCCUCUAGUGAUGUGGUUUACAGCUCUAGCAGUGUACAAAUAAUUAAUCACCCACACAGCAACUAUGCAAGAAAAGGGUAAAGAAAAAUAUGCCUUUAAUUAUGCAGGGGUUACAAAGAGAUUCUGCCAAUCUCGAUAAAGAUGUGGUGCAGAGAGAGACUCCUCCAAAUACUCAGUGGAGGACUAGCGAGAUAGGUAUGAGAAAGGGACCUUUCCAAAAUAAAAUGAGUAAAUAAAAAUAUACCUUUCACUGAGCACUUGGAGACAUGCCUCUCCCUUUUUCCCUGAGGAUGUUGUUGGAUGCUCUCCAGUAUUUGCUUCUGACAACAAAGGAGAUACUUUCAAGACUUUGUGGGUUGCAAUCAUUCUGUACAAAAUAGACACUAAUUAAUGUAUAUUUUCCUUGCGAGAUGCUGUUCAGGUUGCUCUGCAGCCCUUUCACAAAUCACAAUGAUGUCACUUGGACUGCCAUGGCAACAUCUUAUAGAACCUUGUGGUUUGUAGCUUUCCAGCGGAGAAUUCUAAAUAUCCCUCUCUUAAUUACAAAUCCCAGGAUUUCAUAGACCAGAACUAUGUCUGUGAAAAUGGAAUCUGUAUCUUUUUGGAAUUUUAUGGAAACAUAAUUGUGAAGAAUGACAAGGCCCCUGGUUAGGUUUGAGAUGCAUACGUUUAGCAUAGAUAAGACCUUUUGAUCAAAAUGGGACUAUAAAUUAUGCUUUGAUCAGUGCACAAAUAAAGGUACAAGGCAUGAUAUAAUGGAAAUAAAUGGCUACUUAAUAUAUGGCACAUAAAUGUGCCAUAGAGCAAAUCGGACCUGAGCAACAAUUAAAAUCCAAAACAACGAAAUUAAGAUUUUCAUGCUUUAAACAUAUAAUGAGAAACUGUAGUCAUUUCAAGACACUAUGAUGUUGAGUAAAGUAGAAGAUAGUAGGAAAGAAGAAAGACCACUCUAUAGAUGGAUUGAUUCAAUAAAGGAAACCAUGAUCACAAGAUCUCGUUGAGGUCUCUUGUUUGUAGACGUAACAUGAGUGAAAGCUGACUUGAUGGCAAAUAGCAACAAAAACAAAAUAUAGAAUACAACAAUAUUAUUGUGCUUCAUUAGAAAUUGAAGGAAGAAAUAUUUCUUGAUUCUUUAGACAACAACUACCAUGUACUUUUUGAUAUGACAUGUCAGGGCCGUACCCAAAAAAAAUUCUUUUUUUUGGGGGGGGGGGGGGUUGAAACUUUUUUAUGUGAAUCCUGAAGAGUAGUUCCAUAAUGCAAAAUAAUUUAGAAAUCAGGCUCCAUCGAUAAAAUUCAGUGGACACUCAAGACAGAAAAACUUUAGUUGACACUCAUGGAGAUUUGGUUAAUCAGUUAAAAUUCAUGAGUAAACCAGUUUUUUUUAAAAAAAAAACUGAAAAUUUUCAGGGGGGGUUGAACCCCUAAUCCCCCCCCCCUUGGCAACAGCCCUGUGACAUGUAUAACAAGGUCAGGGUGAAUGGGGAAGUAAAGGAAAUUGCCAAACCCAAACUGCAUAUAUCAGAUGAUGGGAUGGGGAUAUGAAACAGUUAAUUUCUCUCCCUAUUUCCAGCCUUCCUUCAACCUCUGUGCCUCUUGCUUCUCCACUUGUCUUAUCAGCCCUGGUGCUAAAAUGUCUGACUGGGCCACAGUGAGAUCACAGCAACACUUGGCUUGGUUGUGGUUGAUUGAUCUCACCAGGAGGUGAUAAACAUUCUUGUUGCUGUCGUUUUCUUAGUUCUGUAAACUGACCGAGAAAUAUGUUUGAAGGGUGGUAUGUUAAGUACAUUCCCAGACAGUCUGCAAUCCUUACUAUUGUUAAUCAUUUGUUCCAAUGCUUAUUAGUCAUAAUGAAGGUUGUUUCUUCCAGUAUUUCUCUCAAUACCAGCUGCUGGGGCACAGGAGCAAGAAGGUAUUUGUUAGGCAUACGGUUGGUCACUCUGGGAGUAGGAUGCUGGACUCAAAGGGAUUUUGGUCUAACCCAUCAGGAUUGUUUAGCUUCUUAUUGACCUCAAUGAACACUACAUGGAGGAGGGCUGCUCUGAAUUUCUAGCCCCGGGUUUCCUAAGAUAAAACAUUGCUAUGGCCACUGUUCCACCUUGCCAGUUCUGUUCCUUGAUUAAGGAACCUAUUGGCAUUUCAUUCCUCUCCCUGGAUUCCACAGAAAGCCAUUUCUCUGGCUGCAUCUUUUUCCUACUUGCUGUUUAUCAAUUUAUCUAUUUACCAAUUUCACCUUUCGCUUUAUUUCCUUUGACUGACUCUGUCUUGUUCCUCCUUGUUCUCAGUCAUGUCUUUAAAUCUAUAAAAUGGUUUUCAAUUGUCAGCUUCAUUUCUAAGAUUUCUAUGGCAACAGCGAAUUCCCAUCCUAUUCUUCUCUCUGCCACCCCCCCCCCCCAAUCCUGGUUGGCCCCCCUUCCAGGCAGCGGAUAUGCUGCAAGAAUACUGACAAGCUGUAACGCCAGAUUUAAACUCAACUUCAAUGCUGACAUAGCAGCAGAAACAGAAUGAAAAAUUUUGUUGCCAAGGUACUACCUGCUGUCCCUCCCUUACCACUGCUGACUUGCCAAGGGAUAUUGUGAAGCUGGAUGUUUGGAGGCCACCCUUGUCAUAGUGGAGUUGGUGGCGAAUGAAGCAUCCGGACCCGAUGAAUGGAACUCAUUUCUACUAUGUGACAACAAUAGCUCUUCUUUCUGCCAAGAACCAUUUAUGAUUACCCUCAACAUUUAAUGUGCCUCUGUGGGAACGAGGGGGGAAAGCAAAAGGAAAUCUAUUUCUUUGUCUUUUUUAUGGCAGGCUCAGGACUUUCCCCUCACAUCAUGUAGCAAUUAUCACAGCUUGCAAGCAAGGAGAGAGGAGGGAGCAUUGGGAAGAAGUGCCAGUUCCCGGCUCCAAACCAAACAUUCGUGAAUUUUCUAGCAUCUUUUUCUCCAAAUAAAAUGGGCAAUUAAUUCAUAAGGAAAGUUAAUUGUUAAUUGCUGUUUCUCUCCUUGCUUCCUCUUUGCCUCUGUUUAUGUUAAAUACUGGGAUGACACUGUGACUGUUCUGAAUGAAUCAUAAAACUACGCCUGUCAGCUUUAUUGCUUCCUUGCCCCCCCCUUUCACUUUCUACCUCUUUUCAGGACUUUUAAGGUUAGAGGUAUUUUCUGGCUCACUCUUUUGUCCCUGAGUGAGAAUUAUUGGGGUUAGGGUCUAUACUGCUGUAAAUCAGCAUUACAGUGCUGAUUUAUCUCACUUGGGAACUGGUCUUUUCUUUCUCAGGGUUCUUUCAGAUUGCUUAGUGCUACCAGUCAAUAUACAUUAUCCAAUUACUUCUCUAACAGCUACCUAUGAAUAUGUAUCCUAGAUUUGAAGAUUUUAUCUUUAACAAAUGUACAAUUCUUUUAUUUGGAUUACAAUCAGCAAAUCUUUACUCCUAUGACACCUAAAGGUUUUUCUAGAUGUAACCUAGUACACAGAGUAACAGUACACAGAGUUCUUGAGAAAUUCAAUAUUCAUUGCUAAGGAUUAUGGACAGUUAGGUGUACACAGAAUAGGGACAACCUGAGUCUGAAAGUAAGUUAUUUUCUGUCACCAAAGGAGUUCAAAUUUUAUUGUUCUUUGUCUCUAAUCUCCACAUGGCCAAAUAAAGAAAUGAUCUCUGUCUGCAAUGA